AUGGAGCAUGAAUCUUUGCUUUUGUUGCCAGAUCCCAGGGCUACAUUACAGUACAGUACACACAUUAUCCAAUACAGUACACACAUAUUACAGUAACACACAUUACAGUACAGUACACACAUUAUCCAAUACAGUACUCACAUACUACAGUACACUACACACAUUAUCCAAUACAGUACACACAUAUUACAGCACACACAUUACAGUACACACAUUAUCCAAUACAGUACUCACAUAUUACAGUACACACACAUUACAGUACACACAUUAUCCAAUACAGUACACACAUAUUACAGUACACACACAUUACAGUACAUUACACACAUUAUUCAAUACAGUACACACAUAUUACAGUACACACAUUAUCCAAUACAGUACACACAUAUUACAGUACACACAUUACAGUACAGUACACACAUUAUCCAAUACAGUACACACAUAUUACAGUACAGUACACACAUUAUCCAAUACAGUACACACAUAUUACAGUAACACACAUUACAGUACAUUACACACAUUAUCCAAUACAGUACACACAUAUUACAGUAACACACAUUACAGUACAUUACACACAUUAUCCAAUACAGUACACACACAUUACAGUACAGUACACACACAUUACAGUACAUUACACACAUUAUCCAAUACAGUACUCAUAUAUUACAGUACAGUACACAUAUUAUACCAUACAGUACACACAUAUUACAAUACAGUCAUUUUUACAGUUAA